AGUAAAUGAAAGUGAUCUCAGAGUGCUGCUCUCUCUUAGUCUAGAAGUGCAGGAAAAUGGCAGAGGCCAGUAUUUCAGUAGAUCACGAUCAGUUCAGCUGUCCAGUCUGUCUGGAUCUGCUGAAGGAUCCAGUGGCUGUUCCCUGUGGACACAGUUUCUGUAUGGUGUGUAUUAAUGGCUGCUGGGAUCAGGAGGAUCAGAGGGGGAUCUACAGCUGCCCCCAGUGCACAGAGACCUUCACUCCAAGGCCUGUUAUACGCAGAAACAACAUGCUGGCUGAAGUGGUGGAGAAACUGAAGAAGAACACAGAACUCCAAGCUGCUUCUCCUGCUCCCCGUUACGCUGGAGCUGGAGAUGUGGAGUGUGAUUUCUGCACCGGGAGAAAACUCAGAGCCAUCAAGUCCUGUCUGAUGUGUCUGGCCUCCUUUUGUGAAGCUCACCUUAAACCUCACUAUGAAGUUCCUGCUCUGAAGAAACACAAGCUGGUUAAAGCGUCCACCCAGCUCCAAGAGAAGAUCUGCUCUCAGCAUGAUGAAGUGAUGAAGAUCUACUGUCGUACUGAUCAGAGAUCUAUCUGUUAUUUAUGUACAAUGGAGGAACAUAAAGGACAUGAUACAGUCUCAGCUACAACAGAGAGAACCAGGAAACAGAAUCAGCUGAAAGAGGUGCAGGAGAAACUCCAGCAGAGAAUCCAGGAGAAUCAGAAGAAGCUGCAGGAGCUGAAAAAGACUGUAAACACUCUUAAGCGCUCUGCACAGGCAGCAGUGGAGGACAGUGAGAGGAUCUUUACUGAGCUGAUCCGCUCCAUUGAGAAAAAGCGCUCUGAGGUAACAGAGCUGAUCAGAGAUCAGGAGAAGGCUGAACUGAGUGGAGCUGAAGAACUCCUGGAGAAACUGCAGCAGGAGAUGGCUGAUCUAAAGAGGAGACACACUGAGCUGGAGCAGCUUUCACACACAGAGGAUCACAUCCAUUUCCUCCAGAGUUUCCAGUCUCUCUGUGUCUCUUCUGGAUCUGAGGACUCUCCCAGCAUCACUGUCCAUCAACAUCCCUCAUUUGAUGGAGUGAGGAAAUCUCUCUCUGAGCUGAAAGAGCGACUAGAGGAAUUCUGCAGAGAGGAAUUCAGGAAAAUUCAUUUACAGGCUGCAGCAGUUCAGAUUUUACCAUCAGAACCAAAAACCAGAGAGGAUUUUCUGCAGUAUUUCUGUCGGCUGACUCUGGAUCCAAACACAGCAAAUCGUUUCCUCAUUCUGUCUGAGAAGAACAGAGUGGUGAAGUGGAGUAAUAAAGUUCAGCCAUACUCUGAUCAUCCAGAGAGAUUUGAUAGCUGGUGUCAGGUGUUGAGUAAGGAGAGUGUGUGUGGACGCUGUUACUGGGAGGUUGAGUGGAGCACUGAAUGGGGAGGGUGUGUGUACAUCUCAGUCUCAUAUAAAGGGAUCAGUAGGAAAGGAUCGGGUGAUGAUUGUGGGUUUGGAUACAACAGUCAGUCCUGGAGUCUGAUAUGUUCUUCCUCUCCCUCUUUCUUCCACAACAACAUUAAUACUGUUCUCUCAGCUCCUCCAUCCUCCAGAAUAGGAGUGUAUGUGGAUCACAGUGCAGGAACUCUGUCCUUCUACAGCGUCUCUGAUACAAUGACCCUCCUACACACACUCCACACCACAUUCACUCAGCCCCUCUAUGCUGGAUUCUAUGUUGUAGGAACUGUGAGGUUAUGUGAUAAAAACUGAUGUGUGUGUUAAACAUUAUAGAUGAUAAAAUAAUCUCCUAUAUUUCUGUUUUAUUAAUGAACUGAGAUAUAAAUAUAAAUCAUAUAUCUUUCAGCUCAUCAGAUGAAGAUGAUUCUUCUCCACAGAGCUGAAAUCACUUUCUCUCAGUCUCUCUGCUGGUUGAGUGUUUAAACAGAUGCAGAUAAAGAGCUGAAAGUGUUGUCAGUAACAGCUGAUGGAAAAUGAAGCAUUAGAUUAGGAUGUGAAUGAGUUCUUUUACAGCAGCUCAUCUGCAGUCUGUCAGCUGCCAUCAUGAUUUCCAUCAAAAAUCAAGCCUUUUAUUCCUGCAGCUCUAAAACAUCUCAAAUCUGUGCUCCAGACAGUUUUAAAUAAAUAAUGAAAUGUGAUUUAACUGAUUUAAUCUUCAUCAACUCACACAGUGUUGAUUUUCUAGAAAGCUUUUUUACUGUGAAGUGUAAUGUUUCAUCUCAAUCUGAUUAUUACCAGUAAUAUCUUCUAUAUGACUCAUUUAUCAGAGAAUAAUGAUGUGCUGAUAUCUGAACUACAGUGCACUGCUGUUCAUAUCUGCAGGUAUUUUAGAAGAUCAACAUAAAGUUUAUUCAUCCUGAAGGGAAUUUCAUUCAUAGCAGCAGAAGAACUGCACAGAUCACACAACUCUAUUAGGAUAUAUAUAAUCUUCUGUUGAAGCCUCUGUAGUUUUGUUCCUGAAGUCUUCUUUAAACAGUAGAUUGUGAUAUCUUCACUGCUGCCCUCUGGAAGUUGUUGCUGAUGUCACUAACAGUUAUUUUAUUGUCUUGCACAAUUUUCUGUCAUCUGUUUUCCUUGGUCUACCUGUUCAACUGGUGUAAUCUGUUGCAUAUUAAACCAGUGAUAACUUCUUCAGAACAUUUCAAA